AUGGAUGUCCUCUCAUCUAUUAUCAACAAAGCCAUUGCUGAGAACCCCCAAUUCAAGUACCAUUGGAGAUGUAAAAGUAACAAGAUUUCUUACUUAUGUUGUGUUGAUGAUCUUAUGCUUUUCUGUAAUGGAGACCCACACUCCGUUGAGAUUUUAGUUAAUAGUAUUCAUAAGUUCUCUAGCUUGUCUUGCCUCAAGCCUAACCUGAACAAGAGCAACAUUUUUACAGCUGGCAUUCCUUUGGAGACAGUGAGUGGUAUGAUCACAGCUUCUGGGUUCGAGAUUGGGCACUUCCCUUUUAGAUAUCUUGGUGUUCCCCUAUCUACAUUUAGGCUUCUUGCUAAUGAUUGUAGAAUCUUGGUUGAGAAGAUCACUUUUAGAAUCUCCAGCUGUGCCUCCAGAUUUCUUUCUUAUGCAGGAAGAUUACAACUUAUUCGAUCAAUUCUCAUCAACAUCCAUGCCUAUUGGGGUAACAUUUUUAUGCUUCCUCUUCAGGUGACUAAGCAAAUCAAUUGUGUUUUAAAGAACUUCCUUUGGACUGGCCAGGAGAUAAAGGACACUGAAGCAAAGAUUAACUGCUAUGCAGUGUGCAAGCCUAAAAACUAUGGUGGUCUUGGCCUUCCUAACAUUGUUUCCCUUAAUAGGAUCUCAAUUCUCAAGCACAUUUGGAAUCUGUUUUGUGAUAAUGGCCAAUCCCUCUGGUUGCUCAAGCUUAAGGGCAUGGCUAGGGCUUUUAUCAAACACCAUGCAGGGAAUAGAGUGGAUUUUGCAACCAUCUCUAAUCACCUUUGGGAUAUUAAAUCCAAGGUCAGCUGUUUGAUCAGGCAUGGACAAUGGAGAAUCCCAAACUACUUCAGGAAUAUUAUUGGUGCUAAUGAAACCAUUCCCCCUAUUAAUGGUGGUUUUCCUCCUUUAUUUGGGAUUAUGUUCAGCACACGUGUGGUGUGUAUUGUGGUGAUCGAAGCUUCCUUUUCAUGGGACAAUGGAUUGGAACAGUUUGGAAUGCUGAAUAUCAUCGAGGACUGUGUUCGUUCUCGUUUCCUCUCUAUCAAGGCUAAGGACUCCACCAGCUCGAGAGUUAUCGCUGCCGAAUGGGGAAUCCCUAGUUUGAUCAAUGGCGAUGAGGUUUCAUCUGAGUGA